UUGGCCUUUCUCGGCCGCCAUCUGUUUCCCUGGCGCCGGGAAGUAAAAUGGCGGCGGCGGAGCUGGAGAGGGUUCGUGUCUCGGCGGCGGAGUUGAGGAGGGGGAUUCUGGCGGCGGAGGCGGCGCUGGGGAGGGGCGGCCCAGACACCAUGAAGGAACCACGACAUCGCAAAGACAAUAGGCGCCCAGACCUCGAAAUCUACAAACCUGGCCUUUCCAGGCUGCGUAACAAGCACACCCUGGAAAAGCAGGAGCCUUCUGGGCCUGAAGAAGCCAAGGACAGAGUGGCUGAAGACACCAGCGCUUCUGCUGCUCCCAUCAAAGGGGAAUCUCACGUCUCUCACGACCCACAAGGGAGAAGCAAGCAGGAUUCAAAUAUCCCCUCUGAACAGGGUGUUGGGACAGGACCCCCUGCAGACCAGGUGAAUGUCCCUGAGACCUGGUGCCCAAAGAUUAUCAGGCGAGUCAAGAAACCAGAUCAGCAGAUCUACCAGCCUGGGAAACGGCUGCAAAGCUUGUCCAAGGAGGCCAUCAGCCAGUCUGCUACUAAGGAAUCUUCCGCUAAGGGAGAGGAGGAGGAUGACCCUGAAAGGGAUACUGGGAAAAGUAAUAACGGCUGCAGAAAGCAGGCAACCCAAGAGGCCAGGGAAGGGAACCGAAGCAAAGAAGGAACCAAACCUGCCCAUGGGGAGAAAGGCAGGCGAGCUGAGCCAGCGGACAGAGCCAAGAAGGGCAGCGCUGAUGUGGCCCACGGCAAACUGAGCACUCCCAAGCGUUAUUCUCGAUCUGACAAGCGCCGGAACCGAUACCGCACCUGCAGUACCAGUUCAGCUGGGAGCAACAACAGCACGGACGGAGUCCGGGGAGAGGCAGAGGCAGAGAAGAGGCGACAAGAGUUGGCCAAGGAAAAGCCUCGUCCCCGGAAGCAGCUCUCUACAUCGUCCACAGACUCCCUCGAUGAUGACAGGACCGUGGAGGCAGACACGCGUGGCCCCAGAAGGGACCCAGAGACCAAACGGGGCUUGAACCACAGGACCACUGAUGGGAAGGAGGCCAGAGGAGCCCAGCACGGUGGCAGGACUGCAAACAGGGAGUUCUUCUGUAUGACAGAUGGGGACCAGCAGAAGCGCAAGCUAUCUGGUGCCAGUUUAAGUGACUCUACAGAGACCGGAGGGGGGAAGGGCUUGAGGAGGGAGCCCCCCGGGAGGGGCCGGGGCAUCCUGGUCCUCCCAGCUAACAUGGACCUUACCACUAGUGGCACUGGCUCUCCCGAGGCUCCUCACUCUGGAUCCAGGCUGCUCUUUGGAGGUGGCAGCAAAGGGACCCGGGGCAGGGGCCGGGGGGGCACUGCCCGCCGCCUCUGGGACCCCAAUAAUCCAGACCAAAAGCCAGCACUGAAAAGUCAGACCACCCAGUUGCACUUCCUAGACACGGAUGACGAGGUGGCUCCUGUGCCUCGGGGUGACACUCGCCAGGCCCCCUUCUACAGGUUCCAGAACUCGGAUAACCCCUACUACUAUGGGCGUCCCGUGGGCCAAACCUCCUCGUACCCGUACCCAGGAUAUUCACUGCAGUAUCCGGUGGCCCCCAGCAACGGGGUUUUCCCUGGUGCCUAUUACCCUGCUGGCUACCCCAGCCAGGUGGAGCCUUAUCUCUGUAUCCCCGUCCUGGCCAGUCCUCGGAACCUCGAGAUGGAGCAGCAGAUGCGUGGCCUACACCAGCAGGAAAUCUCUACGCUCCUUCGUGAAGCCAGCAACCUGGAGCAGCAGCUGAGCAAUCUCCUUUCCAGGGACCGGCUCAGUCUUGAGGGCCUGGAGAAGAUGGGGCAACUCAGGGCUGAGAUGCUGCAGCUUUACGAACGCUGCCUCCUGAUCGACAUUGAGUUUGCUGACACCCAGAACGUGGACCAACUUCUGUGGAAGAACGCCUUCUAUCAGGUGAUCGAAAAGUUCCGGCAGCUGCUCAAGGACCCCCUUGCCGAGAACAGCCAGGAGCUCCGCAGCAAACUGCUCCAGAUCCUGGACGAGGGCACACUUUUCUUUGAUGGCUUGCUGCAGAAGCUGCAAGUAUCUUACAAGUUCAAGCUGGCGGAUUACAUGGAUGGCAUGGCUGUUCGCAGCAAGCCCCUGCAGAAGAUGGUGAAAUACGCUCUCAUCAGUGCCCAGAGGAGCCUGAUCUGCCAAGGGGACAUCUGCAGGUACAUGGAGCAAGGCAGCGACACACCAAACUACGGGAGAGCGCGAAGCUGGUACAUGAAGGCACAGCACGUCGCCCCCAAGAACGGACGUCCAUAUAAUCAGUUGGCUCUCCUCGCUGUCUACACGAGGAGGAAGUUGGAUGCCGUGUUCUACUAUAUGCGCAGCUUGGCCGCCAGCAACCCCAUCCUGACUGCCAAGGAAAGCCUCAUGAGCCUCUUUGAGGAGAUCAAGCGGAAGGUUGAGCAGGUGGAACAGAAGCAGAGUCCCAGCCGGAGGGGGAAGGGGAAGAAUGCGGCGUUCCGGCCCGUCGGCGACGAUGCCACCCGCCUGGAGUUGUGGAUCCAUCCUUCUCACCCUCGCUCCUCCCAGAGCCACGAGUCCGGCCGAGACUCAGAGCAAGACAACGGGCUCGGGAGCCUCAGCCCCACUGAUCUGAGCAAAAGGCUUGUCCUGAGUUUUCUCCAUGCCCAUGGGAAGCUGUUUACCAGGAUUGGAAUGGAGACAUUCCCCGCGAUGGCUGCGGAGGUUCUAAGUGAGUUCCAGGCGCUGCUGGAGUACAGCCCCCCGCCCAUCGGAAGCACCAACAUGUUGCAGCUCAUGGCGAUCAACAUGUUUGCUGUGUACAACGCUCAGCCCAAAGAGUGCCUCGCUGAAGACUGCCGCUCCGUGAUCCAGGAGCAAGCCACCACUUUUGGACUCUCCAUGUUUGCUAUGCUAGUCAACCGCUGCACGGUCUUGCUACAAGAAGUCUCCCUCGCAGGGCACCAGGACAACUCCACCGAGGCGGACAUCAAGGUCUCCUCCUUGCCGCCGGACGUCAAGGAACUUCUUCCCAGCAUCAAGAUCUGGUCGGAUUGGAUGCUCGGCCACUCAGACACCUGGAAUCCCCCGCCCAGCGCUCUGGAGCUGCCCAGACACGUCACGGUGGACGUGUGGGCAACGCUGGCGGGCUUCUGCAACAUCCUGACGACCGUGAACCAGUCGGAAGUGCCCCUCUACAAGGACCCGGAUGAGGACCUGGCUCUGCUCAGCCUGGAGGAGGAUCAGCUGCUCUCGGGUUUCGUCCCGCUGCUGGUUGCCCCUCAAGAUCCCUGCUACGUGGAGAAAUCCUCGAAAAAGACUAUUGCGGCCGACUGCAAGAGGGUCACAGUGUUGAAGUAUUUCCUGGAAGCCCUUUGUGGCCAAGAAGAGCCAUUGCUGGCAUUCAAGGGUGGAAAGUAUGUGUCAGUGGCCCCCGUCCCAGACGCCAUGGGAAAGGAAAUGGCCAGCCAAGAGGGAAAACAACUGCAAGAUCAGAAGGAAGAGGAUGUGCGGAUCGAGGCCUUUGAAGACGACUCGGAGGGCGAAGGCAGUGGUGGGGAGCUGGACAUCAGGGAGCUCCGGGCAAGGAAGCAAGCGUUGUCCAGGAAGGUGGCCGAGCAGCAACGUCGGCAAGACAAAAUCCAGGCUGUGCUGAAGGACCAAGCGCAGGUGCGGCAGAUGGAACUGGAGAUCCGCCCCGUCUUUCUGGUGCCGGACACCAACGGCUUCAUCGACCACCUGGACAGCCUCACCAAGCUUUUGGACUGCCGGCAAUUCAUCAUAGUGGUGCCCCUGAUUGUGAUAAAUGAAUUGGAUGGGCUGGCCAAGGGCCCCGAGUCGGAGAACCGGACUGGGGGCUACGCCCGUCUGCUGCAGGAACGGGCCCGCAAGGCUGUCGAGUUCCUGGAGGCGCGCUUUGAGCAACGAGACACCUACAUGCGAGCCCUCACCAGCCGGGGCAACGAGCUGGAAUCGAUCUCCUUCCGCAGCGAGGACAUUUCGAGGCAGCAGGGCAACAACGAUGACUUGAUUCUUUCCUGUUGCCUCCACUACUGCAACGAUAAAGCCAAGGACUUCAUGCCAGCAAGCAAAGAUGACCCAAUCCGGCUGCUUCGGGAGGUGGUGCUGCUGACAGAUGACCGGAACCUGCGUGUGAAGGCGUUGACCCGCAACGUGCCUGUGAGAGACAUUCCCACGUUCCUGAGGUGGGCGCAAGAGGGCUGAGCAGGCCGAGGCCAAUCCCGGAAGCCACACAACUCUUUGCCUCCAGGAAGGGCGGCCUUUAGGCGGGUGGCGUUGAGCCGAACCGCCGCUACAGCAGCAGCCGUACCAGAACAAUAAAUGCAGCCUCUCCAAUCCCACCGGAAUGGCAGUGCUGUGGGUGCAGGAGGAGGAGGAGGAGGAGGAGGAGGAGGAGGAGGAGAGAGAGAGAGAGAUAAGCAUGCUGGGAAGGUUGGGGGCUAGAACACUUAGCAUUGCUGGGCUUUUGGGUGGGGAGGAAAGUGCCCCCAGAGAAGCCGGGGUCAGGGGAGAUACCCUCAGCUCCUCCGUAUGGAAGGCCAAAGUGAGGCCACAGAGCGUGGAAGUUGUGAACUGUUUCUGCGGGGCCCGAUCCCCCUUCCCUCCUAAGAGCUGCGCCUGGACGCCACGUCAGCGCCAGCCCGCUUUUCGACACCUUCGGGGUUAUCUGUGCCAAGCUUGCUGGGCCCAGCCUGGCCCCUCAGCCCCCCCACCCCCCCGUUCCCCAGCCCACUACAUCUGUUGUUCAGUUGCCUCAGGGUUUCUGAGACCCGCUCCCUCCUGCAGCUCCCCUAGAGGGGUCCUUUAGGGCUGUCAUCCCCCACCCCAUCCCGUGUAACCUAAUCCCCCUCACUGGUGUGGUUUUGGGGAGAACUAAAGGUUUGAAGCAGGCAGGUAGCGUGGGAGUCCUUUUGUGAAGAAGGUUAUCAUGCCACAAGGGGGAACUUUUGACUUCUCGUAGACACCCCUCUAAAGCCUCCUUGGAGAACUGCAGUGGGGGGGUGCUCUGCCGGGGGGGGGGAGGGGGGGCUUUGUCGUGAUGGGAAACAUUAAGGCCAGUUAUGCCCCCAGCGGGGAGGAGUCCCAUCUGCCAGGAAGUGUCCAGACAAGGGGUCAAGACAGCCAUGUCGUUGCCCUGCCCCACAGCCCUGGCAGCUCUGAAUCAGGGAGCAGAAACCAGGCAUGGAGACUUGGUGUGUUUUGGGAAACGCCUUGGACACAGUCGCUUUGCUUCUGAUGGGAGUUUGGUGGAGAGGUGCCCCUUAGCUUGUUCCCAGAUGGUCCAGAGAGGGAACAGUCUCUUCUGCAAGGGAAGGGGGGGGGGGGCGCUGCGCUCAGCAUCGUUGACAAAGGAGAGGAUCCAUCCAAGUGGAGGAAGAAGGGCUGAACGUAGCAGUUUCUCGCAAGGAAGCUCCCUCUAGUUUUGCUGUUGUCUGCCUGGGUUUGAUGGAGGGCUUUAACUGAUUUGUGUUACGUUGUUUUUUCAUAAUAAAUUUUUAGUAGGGAAUA